AUGUUCACCCCAGACGCCUUCCCGCACAUUGCCGAGGCCAUAGUCGCCCACUCGGGCCAACGCGAGCGCAACACCCUCCGCCUGGUCUGCAAGUUUCUCCGCGACAAGGUGGACGAGUUCCUCGCGUACCACAUUGAAGUUGUUGGCAACUACGACGAAGCCACCCUCCAUGAUCGCGGGGUCCUCAUGUACCCGAACGAGAUCAGGUCACACUCUAACGGCCGAUUUGCAGCCUUCAGCUCAUCGGCUAGCAGACGACCGUCUGGGCGUCAAACUGCGCUCCACACCCUUCUCGCACGCGUCCGCGUUGUCGACCUCGACGGACCCAUCGACAGCAACUAUCUUUCUCGCCUCGUUCCUUACCUUACCAACGUCGAAACGGUUCGGCUCUGCUGGAAUUCCCAGCAACCACCGUAUGAGCGUCCGAACUUUAUCUGCCCAUGCCCGAUUGCGGCGGAAGAAGUGGUCUCGUUUGUGCCCCCGGACUGCUUGGCAGACUUCACGCCCGCUGCCGCCAAUGGCGUCAAACGAAUUGCGAUCAAGUUGUCACCAGCCUACGCAUGCGUUUCAGUCACCGAUACGUCUCACCUCACCAACCUGGCAGAAAUCAUCCUGCAUGGUAUGAGGCUCCUGUUGUACCCAGGACUCCAGCCGCCUUUUGACCGCCCCUCUCCGACGUGGCGGGUUGACACCCUUCUCAACACCAUCUGCCAGCACAUCUUCAAAGUCAAAUGCACAGUCCUGUUCGACGAGAUCGUGGUUCUCAAGCAGAGUGGCAGGUUUGACUACGAUGUCAUCCCACACGCCAUCAACACUCUCAAGAUUAUCAUGCGCAAGUAG